GGAGGGAAGCAGAAAGACUUAAUUGGUGAAUGUAAAGAAAAGCCCCUUCUGUCUUCAAAACAGAAUAUUUUAAAGCAAAUUUCGGACCAGAGGAAAGGAAGCUCGGGGGAAGGUGUGCCAGGCAAGACCUGGGUAAGUCCAGGUUCACCACACACAGCUUCCAUGCCCCCACUGAUUUUUGCCCAUAGGGUCUGAGGUGGCAUAGAAGCAGAGUGGGCCAGCCAGAUGCACCCACAACCCUGCUCAACUAGGUGACGCCCCAGAGAUCCCUUCCCCACAGCACAGCCCACGAAGCACAACUUGCAAGAAAAGCCAGUGGGAGUGGAAGAGAUUCUGCCUCUCCUUCUCUUGAACUGAGGCUGUGAGAAGAGCUCAUCUCACCACAGGGAAAGCUACCACUGGUUCUGAGAUGCUUCUUCAGCCCUUGUCAGUCACCUGAUCCAGUACCCGCCAUCCAUGGGGGAAACUGCUCUGGAGCCCUGCGGUCCUUCCAAAUCCUGCUAAGUUCCUGGGAAAUAUUGGUGAAGAACUGAGCCCAGAGCAAGCAACGUGGGAUCCACAGAACAACAGCCUUUUACAGCAGCAGCCAUCUCUGAUUAAAAUUAUCAGCUUCACCAGACUGUACCAAGACCCAGGACUGCUCCUCCAAGGAGAGAGGAUCAAGCAAUGAUGAAGACUAUGUCUGGUGGAAACUGCACUCUGAAUGUGCCAGCUAAGAACUCAUACCGCAUGGUAGUGCUGGGAGCCUCCAGGGUGGGGAAAAGCUCCAUUGUCUCACGCUUUCUCAAUGGCCGCUUUGAGGACCAGUACACUCCCACCAUUGAGGAUUUCCAUCGCAAGGUCUACAACAUCCGGGGAGACAUGUAUCAGCUGGAUAUCCUUGACACCUCUGGGAAUCACCCUUUCCCUGCUAUGAGAAGGCUUUCCAUCCUGACAGGGGAUGUUUUCAUCCUGGUAUUCAGCCUGGACAACCGAGAAUCCUUUGAUGAGGUCAAGAGGCUCCAGAAACAGAUCCUUGAGGUCAAAUCCUGCCUGAAGAACAAGACCAAGGAAUCAGCUGACCUCCCCAUGGUGAUCUGUGGCAACAAAAGUGACCACAGUGAAAUCUUCCGUAAGGUACGUUCAGAAGAAGGGGAGAACUUGGUCUCCAGUGAUGAAAACUGUGCUUAUUUCGAAGUUUCAGCCAAGAAGAACACCAAUGUGGAUGAGAUGUUCUAUGUCCUCUUCAGCAUGGCCAAGCUACCUCAUGAGAUGAGCCCUUCCCUCCACAGGAAAAUCUCCAUCCAGUAUGGUGACCCCUUCCAAACGAAACCCUUUCGCAUGCGCCGAGUCAAGGACAUGGAUGCCUAUGGUAUGAUCUCUCCCUUUGCUCGCCGGCCAAGCGUCAACAGUGACCUGAAGUAUAUCAAAUCGAAAGUUCUCAGGGAAGGUCAGUCCAGGGAGAGGGAGAAAUGCACAAUCCAGUGAAGGGAGCUUGCACUUCUGUCUGAAGUCACCAUCCACAUGCAGUGCCUUAAAGAAAAAUGAUCUGUGGAAGCACAGAAUGGGCUUACAGGGUCCAAGAGAACCCAACAUGGAGAAAGGAUAACUUCCUGUGGAUUCUGCUGAGUCAUGAAUGUAAAUAACAUCGUUCUUGUAAAUGACUGGGAAAAAUCACAGGCCUGAAAUACGAGUCCAUUCCUCUGUCCAUAGUGUAAUUCCUCAUCAUUCCCUGUUUUGUUUAAAGAAUAGACCUGAGAAGUAUAGACAUUUAAAGUUCAUCCUUAGAAAGAAGGUAGAUAAAAAAUGCACAGAAGGCAUUAACAGUUAUCCAGCAUGAAGCUCUUGCUAAGAGAGAGGAGGUUAUAGGUAUGUGUGUGUGUGUGCAUAUCCCUGUGUGUCCGUAUGUAUAUGUGCAUGCAUGUGUGGAGCAGUCCUUUAAAAAAAAUGAGAUUAUCAUUUCAAAGGGCAGAAGUCUUAACUGAGGUUUCACAGAUUGGGAGUGGACUCUAUAUACUGAUGCACGACUAACUGAUAUCUGAGAAGACCUGCAUUAAGAAGAUUUUGAUUUAGUGUUUGCUGGGACAGUUAUCAUUUGAUGUUGAUAUUAAUGUUGUUUUGUAUUACAGAUUUUAUUUGUUUGCUUUGUUGUUUUGGGUUUUUUUUUAUUGUCUUGGGGUAGGUUCUUGGCGAAAUCAGAUGUCAAGUGUGUUUGACAUCAAAACUGUCUACUUUCUAGCAGUGAAAGGUCAUCUGUAAAAUCAAUGUAUGUGCAUUGAUUGAAAGUGAAAUUGUUCUGCAAAAAGCAAUACAUUUGACUGCUUUGCAA